CCUCGAUAGAACUCAUCAGUUGCUUUUACUUGUAAUAACAUAACAAAAUAUUCGUAUUUGUCGCCCACCAAGGUUAGAAUAGCAUGUAGUUGAUGCACUGGAGUUUUAUGGCCAUUGCCAUAGCAGAGUUUUCAUAUUGCGUAACAAGACAGUUCUGGAGCAAAGUCCAAUAGUGCUGAUAUUGCCCACAUCAUGUCUUUAAAAUUGAGUCAACAAAUUCAAGACUCAUUCAACUCAACAAAUUAAAAACUCAAGCACUCAUCAUCAAUUGGCGUCCGCAACUUAGGACACCACGGUCUCAUUUCUACAUUUAUUGCUACCAUGUGGCCUUUCAGGAGCUAGACAGACAACGGUUACCACUUCGAUAUGGUCACACAAUUUUAGACAAAUCACAAACGUAGUGGACUCUUUAUCAUGAUUUCAGUUGACUAAAAUGGGUAGCUGAUUCUUUUUAUGGGACUUAUUUUCUGAUUUUGAUCCCUUUUGUUUCACUAUGUUUAAUUAUUGAUUGUCAAAGCGUAUUGAUGGUUUGCGGGGAGCCCCUUACACGGCUCUGAAAGGACGAGAGCACAUGAAAUGAUGGGACUCCUGUAACUUUUGGAUGACCCCUUCAUGACAAAGACGGUCUCCAUCAAUUGUCCACUGGUCUUUAUUCCCACUUUUUGUGCCUGGGGUCGUUUUUGUGUCUUUUGUUUGUUUAUAUGUCAAAAUCCUUGCCUCGAGUUUGAUUAAUUCAGUCUGAACUAAGCCAAAGCCCAAAACACACCAGCUGUAACAUAAUUUCAUCGUGAAAUGUCAUAUAGGAGGUUUGUUAUAUUAUGAUCAUUUUGGUAAGGAUGGGAAGGCACAGCAGCGAACAUAACAGAUUUUAGAGAUGUUUUACACUGUAAUAUAUAUGGACUUUCGAAAUAAUGUUGGAGCCAGAAAAUUCAAAGGUGCAAUGAAAUGCCCUUUUGUUUGUCCCAAUUAAAAUAUUUUGUGAAGUUUGGGUUAGAUUGCUGCUAGGUGUGUACUUAUCCGAUAAUAGACUCCCUUCUUCUCCAUUGGCUAAUCUGGUCACAUGGUUGCCUAACUUUAUUCUGUUGACAGCAAGUAGGAGGGCUUUAUGGAGGGAGGAAAAAAAGACAACUCGAGAAAAAUUAGUAUUUUCUACCUUCAGAAAUUAAUGGCCAUGAGUUCGUACAUGGUGAACUCCAAGUAUGUGGAUCCUAAAUUUCCUCCUUGUGAGGAAUAUUCGCAAAACAGCUAUAUACCUGACCAGGGCACAGGGUACUACAGUCCAUCGCAGGACACUGAUUUCCAGCAUCCAGGAAUCUAUUCACGGUCAAACUACCCCGAGCAGCCCUUCAGUUGUAACACUGUGCAGGGCUCCACAGUGCAACCGCGGGGUCAUGUGCAGGAGCAAGCUAGCCAUCCGAGCCCUUUCACCGCCCAGACCGAGCAGUGUCCCUCGGUCCCAAUACCUGGCCCGAGGACUUGUGGGCAGCAACAAAACACAAAGAACCAAAACGGGAUACAAGCCAAGCAGCCAGCAAUAGUUUACCCCUGGAUGAAGAAAGUGCACGUUACCACGGUGAAUCCGGAUUACACAGGACCAGAACCUAAACGGUCACGGACAGCCUACACAAGACAGCAGGUUUUAGAACUGGAAAAGGAAUUCCAUUUUAACAGGUAUCUGACCAGGCGGCGUCGCAUUGAGAUUGCCCAUACCCUCUGUCUUUCCGAGCGUCAGAUCAAAAUCUGGUUUCAGAACAGAAGAAUGAAAUGGAAAAAGGAUCACAAACUGCCCAACACAAAGGGAAGAUCUGCGUCGGCCUCAAACCAGCAUGUACAGCACGUUCAGAAGGACAACCAGACAGAUAUCACAACUUUAUAACUGAAACUGGAAUCCGUCUCUCCUUCCUUUGACGUAUAAAGUGAACUAUGUAUUGUAGACAAUGCUGCGUUUGACUUUGCAUGGUCUCAACAUGACAUUUUUGGGUCAUUAUCAUUUGUGAAUGUGAACCAGAGGCACACAUUACAAAAUGCUUUGAGAGAGAGCUACGAAGUGUGGACUAUGUACUGGUAUAUCAUCCUUCCCCACCAAAUGUAAAUCUUAAUUAAGAUACGAGUGCAUCACCACAUUCUUUACAUGCUCUGAGGUACAGUAGAUUUCUAGAAGCCGAAACCUUGUUUUCACAACAAACGCCUCCUGAACUGUAACACUUUAAUGGUUGCAAGUGUUUGUAUUUGCAGUAUCAUAUUCCAUAUCUGUUUUAGCUGACCCUUUAUGUCUCAAUCAAGGGUCGAGUGAAUUGAAAUUGGUACUGCUUAAAGGAUAAAAACUAUAUUCAUUUGAAAACGCAAUAGCUUUCUGGACAUCUAAAGGUCGAUUUGGUGCAUCUCCUUAAAGAUUAUAGAACAUAUUUACGAAAAGGUGGAUCAAUUGGAUAAAAAGGUGGAUCAAUUGGAUAUUAUUUCUAUUUCUAAAUAUGGACUGGUCACUGAAAUGCAGGCAAAUGGUAAGUGAGGUUAUGAGUGUAAUUACUGAUAGAAAGUUUAUCUGAAAAUAAAUCUUCAUUGAAGUCUCUGACUGCACUAAUUCUACACAAAAAACUUUCUACAAGUGCGUUUGAAUUUAUUUUUGGAGUAAGAAAUGCCUAUGUGUUGAUUUGAAUAUUUCUUAGCUAGGCUAUAAAUCUCCCGUGACACCUUUGUAAACAGUGUACAAUUAAAGAAGCUGUAUAUCUGUCUUCCAGAUGUCAUUCGAACUUUCUUUAAUUACACCUUCUUUUAGUAUUUCUUUAUCUACUUUUACCAUUGUAAUAUACAUUUUAGAAGUCAUUGAAAUAUUUUAUUUAUUGAAUAUCAAAAUGGAGAAUGCUAAAAGUUUGAGUUGCGUUUACAAUGCUUAUGGACCCAAAUUAUGUCCAAAACAUUCCAUGAACCUGACAUUGUGUUAAUCGAAUAAAAGUGCAACAUUUUAUCUAUAUUAUGUAAUAUAUCUGUAUUUUGUUCAUAUUUUCUACAAACGCGUUUUGUAGCAAAAUGGUCAUUAAAAAUCCUGAAUACAGGAUAGUAGCAACAUCACCUAGUACUCUCUUGAAAAAAAAAAACAAGUAUAUUUUGUUGCAACUGGUCUAGGUUUUUAAUGCUGAAAUGGGGAGUAUUUUUUACGCUAAAAGAAUAGUUGAAUGCUGGAAUUCUAAAGCGAUGCAUUCACGUGGUGAUUAAAUAUUCCGGUAGCUUCUCUUCUGCAGUCAUUGUCUCCUGCACAAAAAGCUGGGAGCUCACACAUUGCGAAGAUGUCUUCUCUGAAGCCCUCUCGUUGAGAGGGUUGAAAAGGUAUUUUUACAGAAGCCAGUCAAAGCUCCAGAGGCAGGUUCAACCAGAGGACACAUUUUCUAUUGCAUUAGACGGAUUUCAGCCGCGAGGACUGACCCCGAAACCCCUUGACCCGCUGGACCCGCGGCCUUUUCUUACGCAGACGGUAUUCGCAUUCUGUGUUAGUAAAUGGACAACUUUUUACGUUUAAGGCAUCAUACAUCUUUGUCCUAUGCAGUUCUCCAUCUAGAAAAAAAUGUUGUCGUAGGCCUACUCUUAUAUCUUGUUUUAAAUGCACUAAAUGUUAUGGGCUGUGAUGAGCACCAUUGCAAUUAUUCAUUAUUGCCCUUUUUGUAUUUCUUUUGAGAAUGUUGUGACGUGAACAUCAGGAUAUCCUCGAAAUACCGAAUGAUCCAAUAAAGACUGAUAUUGAUGA